UGCUACUUCCACUGCUGGAAGGGAAGGGAAGGGCAGUGACGAGAAGGGACAGGACAGGCAGUGAGUGUGGGAGUAUGAGUGCGAUAGUGUGAAUUUGCUGCCCGAAGCUUUGUGAUCCUUCGUUGCUGCUCGUUGUGCUAGGGUUUCACCGCCCUCUCGCAUAAGCAUCGUGCUCCCUACUCCUCUUCCUCCUUCUCCUUCCCUCUUGCGUCCAUUCCUUCGCUUAUGCUCCUUCCGCUGCCAUGGCCGCUGCUGUCUCCGCCUUAGGCGGUGAGCUUGGGUUGCGGUUGCUGCUUACGCCUACUGCUUCUCACGUCAUUGUGCGCACUGCCUGUACCGUGGUUGGUAUCGGAUUUCCUAUCUACUCUACUCACAAGGCAAUCGAGAACCGGAAUCAUUCCGAGCAAGAAGAGUGGCUUGUCUAUUGGGCAGCCUAUGGUUGUUUCAGUGUCGCGGAAGUUUUCUCUGACAAGCUUUUGUCUUGGUGUCCAUUCUACUAUCAUGCUAAGUUCGUGUUUCUAGUGUGGCUGCAACUUCCCAAAAAUUAUGGAGCUCGACAUUUAUACACUAGUCUCCUACGUCCAUUGCUGCUGAAGCAUCAUGCGAGACUUGAUCGCAUUGUGGAUGGCACUCGAAAUGAGAUGCAUAAGUUCGUUAUGAAUCAUCAAAGUGAAGUGCAGGCAGUGCAGCGGAUGCUCAAGAAAUUCUCCGUCCUAGUAUAUCAAGCUGCUCAGGAUGCUCUGCAAUCGGCAAGAGCUAUUGAAGGUGGAUCCAAUCCUGUCGGAAGCAGGUCCAGUCAAGAAAGUGUCACCUCACCACCUCCAUCGCCGCCAAGUGAUUCAAACUAUGAUGAAACCGCUGAUGAUUCUGGAUGGAUCUACACCGACCAUCCACGGCAGUCGGAUCAAUAGACCGUCCGAUGCCUGGCGGGCACCUACUAUUGGUGCUUGUGAUGUUAAUCCAAUACCUUCUAUUCAGCCGGGGAGUGUUAGUAUCGGAUACCAUUAAAAUCUGGUAACCUCUUGUAGAGACUGAGAGAGAGGGGAUGGAUGCAACGUUGUUUUAACCAGUCAUUAGCAUUUCUGGAAUUGCUGUACUAUUCACUUAGCAUUUGGUUUGGGUUCGCUCAAACGGAAAUUCAUCAGGAGAUAUCUUUGGGGAGUUGGCUUGAAGUUGGUUAUAGUUCUCAACUUUUGGUUUACGUUCUGCUUCUGAUUUAUUGUAUAUGUUGAUUCGUACUCCUGUUGGUGUUCGUAUGAAUUGUUGAUAGUCGGUGUGGAGGAAUAGCUUGUUUGGAAUAAGAAUUUAGGUAACUGUAGUUUAGUUUUACGAUUCCAAAAUGUUAUAAGGUCAAAUCUGCUAUCAUUUUUAGUGUUCUUGAAAGUUUAUCAUCAAAUUUGGUAUAUCAUACCAUAAUAUUUUUCAA